ACUAAAUGCCCAUUAUUUCACCACUAACGGACGGAGCCCGUGCAUCUCCCGUUUAGUCAGGUAAUGACAUUAUAGGGCCCUAAAUUUUUCGUGCCGAACAUCUGUAAUUGUAUUGGCAAUAGCCAGGGCACUCGUGUGUGUCGGACGGGGCCAGUCGGCAUUCCAUCACAUCCAUCUUGGUUCCCUCUCCGCUGACAGGGCCUGACACACUCCAGCAACCAAACAAGCCCCAAAAUCUCAUGCCCGAUCCCGAACCCACCCACCCAACCACAGCGCAGGGCACAGGCGUCGUCAGAACAAGGCUACAGCUACGCGCCAAAUUCCCUCCCCCCUCUACACGCACUAUCGACCCGCUGAUCGUCAGAUGGGACGGCGCAAGCUCACGGGGGAAAGCUGAUGCCCCAAAACUUGCGCAUCCUCCGCUGGUCACUCCUAACCCCCAUUGGGUUUCACGGUUGAGCCUUAGGUAACAAGCCGAGACCGAGACUGAAGGAGUGAGUGAGUCGUGAACUACUGACAUCGCACCCGCCAAAGAGAAGUUUAUCCAGUAUCGAUGUCUGGGGAUUUGAAGGAGUCCGUCGGGGAUGAGCGGCCGAGGCAGCGGGAGCCGGACAGGAAGGACGACGGGCCGCCAGGCGCCGACGACCGGACGGACGGAGUCCCUGAGGGUUUGGAAGACGUGAAGGUGGAAUUACAAGACGCAGGUCUGUGGCAGAGAUUUCACAAGGCUGGAACAGAAAUGAUCAUAACGAAGGCUGGGAGGCGCAUGUUCCCAUCCAUUAAAGUGAAAGUAACCGGCCUCCAGCCCAAGACAAAGUACAUCUUCGUGAUGGACAUCGUAGCCGUGGACUCCCACCGGUACAAGUUCAACGAGUCGAAGUGGUCCGUGGCGGGGAAGGCUGAGCCCGCCAUGCCGGGGAGGGUGUUCGUGCACCCCGACUCGCCGGCUACAGGCACGCACUGGAUGAAACAAGUGGUGUGUUUCCAGAAGCUCAAGCUCACCAACAACUACAUGGACACGUUCGGACAUAUUAUGCUGAACUCCAUGCACAAGUACCAGCCGCGGCUGCACAUCGUCCAGGCCAGCGAGAACAACAAGUUUGAACUGAAGAAGACGUGUUUCAGAACCUUCAUCUUUCCUGAGACAGAGUUUAUGGCGGUCACGUCUUACCAGAACCACCAGAUUACACAGUUGAAGAUAGAACACAACCCGUUUGCGAAGGGUUUCCGGGGCGGAGACGACACAGAGUUCAGCCGGUCAGCACGGAAAAGCAUCAACUACCCGGUAAUACCCAGAAGCAAUCCCGUACAAGCGUCCUUAUUACCUCGGGGCAGGCCGAACAACAACUACGCAUGCUCCAGUAACAUGGCGGCGGACACCUGUCCCUCCCUGUCCUCCAACCACUACCAGCAGACGACGGCAGGGUACAACACCGUGCCCAUAGGUUCGUCCAUCCAAAUGACGACGCAAGAAAAUAGCGGAGGUUGUAUGCAGAAUUCGUUCAGUGGAGGUACCGACCUAGGCCCUCUCCCGAAACGAGCUUGUCGGGAAGAAGACCGGUUGCUGUCGGACAACUCAGUCGCUACGUCCACCCUCACGACUUGGUCCAACCCGCAGAUACUUCCAAAUAUGGAGAACCUCCAGCCGCUGAACAGGGAAACAUGUAUGUUCGCUAACUCCGCCACCGGUGAUACUACUUCUUCACUCCUCGCUGCACCCCAGCCCUUGGAUCCUCUCUCCACGGCUUUCAACAACAACCAGAACUUUUCUUCCGUGCCGUUUUCUUCGUCUGGCACGGGUUUUGUGUCCGCAAACGGGGGCAUGAAUUUUCUUCCAUCUUGUAGCUACGCACAGAUGCCGCAGCAAGGUCUGGGAAUGAAUGGGACUCCGUUUUUACACGAAGUUUCUAGGAAUGUCGGUUGUCCCUCCAUGCAAAUUCCACAAUAACUCUAUUCAGCAAUAUCAUGUUGGACAAGAAAGACACACUUUACAUGAAGUUUCUAGGAAUGUCGGUUGUCCCUCCAAGCAAAUUCCACAAUAAUUCUAUUCAGCAAUAUCAAGUUGGACAAGAAAGACACACUGUGCGUUGUUAGUACAGAUGAUUUAAUAUUCAACAUCUUUUCUUUUAAAAUGUGCUAAAGAAAAUAUAAUGGAAAGUUGGUUGCUUCUAUCUUUCCAUAAUCGCACUACUGGUAAGAUCUAAAAUAUUUGUUUUCUUUCCUAGUGAUGACAUGAGAUGGUGUUUACUAAACAAUCACCAUUGUUUGCUUUAAAAUAUUUGUAUGGUAAAUAUGUUCAUAACUUCUCAUACAAUACCACAGCACUGAUGGAGAAAAUUUACUCCUUUGUCCAUGUGAAAUCAAAGUUGUGAAAAAAUAUGGACUAUCAAAUCAAAUGCCUUUGAGAAGGAUUAAGCAUAUGGCUUGAAGGAUACAAACAAAGAUGUAGAUAUUCAUGUUAUCUGUCAAUGUCCAUGGAAAUAAAUCAUUUUUGUAGAAAUGUGGGAAUAAAAGUAGUAGCUCAGAAAAGCAUUGCACAAGUUGAACAUCAUAUGUUAGGUGAAAAUUGUGAACCACUGAAUAGAAAAUAAAGAAAAUUGCAACAAUACUGUCCACCCCUACAAUACUUUGUAGCAAUACAGGCAAUACAAUAAAUGUAUUGUAAACCAAUAGCAAUUGUUAAGUCAAAUCUGCCCUAUUGUUCUAGAAUUCUCUGUGCCACUGGAAUCAAUGUUGUAAAUUAAGAACCUAGCAAUGUUUCACAAAGACAAUGUCAUAGUCCAUCUAAAUAUUUCAUGUACAAAUUUGUGAAC